AUGUUAUUCUUGUCUGCUUUUGUACUUUUCGCUAUAGCCUGGAUUUCGACACGAGUUAGUAAUCAGAUCAGACCUAUUCGAGUUUAUCUUUUUCGUGCUCAUGAAGAGGAAAUUGAAUCUGAACCAGAGUUAGUAGAUAGCGUUAGUCAAUCUCCAAUCAGCCAGGAGAAUGAGCCCCAUGAUAACGAGGACGAAGUCGUCUUCACAGAAUCAGAGAAUAGUGAGGCGAAUGAGGAUGAAGAUGAGCUUCGAGAUUAUUUAACAACUCGCAAGCAAUCACCCGCGAUGGAUGAUGAAAAUUCUGGCAACCCAGGUAAUGCAGGUCAUAUAGUUGAUAAGAAAUCAAUAACGGAACGCGAAGAAGCCAGAGCUGCUAAGCACCGCUCUAGAGGACAUAUUGUUAUUCGUCUUCAAUACCUAGACGAUAGGUCUAGAUUUGUUCACGCUGCCCCUGAAAUGCCAAUAACCCACUUCAAAAGGUACUAG